AUGAUAUCUAAUAAAUACAAGUAGCCUAAUCAAUAAAUGGAAUAUUCAAAAUUCAUUGAAAUAACAUUUAGUGCCAGAUAUAGAUUAAUAAGUAAUGGGAAUGUUGCAUAAUUUAUAUUAUCUUGUUUAUGGAAUUAUUAUUAAUCACCUUUAUAUGGAAAUGAUGAAACAAGCUUAUAGAAUUAAUUAUAUUUUCUAAUAAUGCCGUUGACAAUAUUACUUCCUCUUACAUUAAUAUAAAAUAUGUUUGUAUUUACAAAAGUUAGUGCAAUAGCAAAUUGA